AUGUUGCCAGGGAUAGGGAGGAGGCGGUGGAAGAAGAGGCGGCCCUAUGAGCGGCGGCGGCAGACCGGCGCCCCUCAGCGGCAGCGGGCCGAGGAGGAGAAAGGGGGAGAGGGAACCAAGUAAUGGCGGCCAGUUAGUGUGUGGCUGAGCUAGAGGAGGAGGAGGAGGAGGAGCAGCUCCCCGCGUCCCUUCGAGCCCUUGUUCCUCGCCCGGCGGCGGCUGCUGAGGCGCCGCUCCCCAAAGCAGAGGCGGCGGCGGCGCCAGCGACUGAGCCUCCCUCUCCGGAGCGGCUGAGGAGGCGACGGCGGCGGGAGGGGGGCGCCAUGGUGAACACCCGAAAGAGCUCCCUGCGCCUCUCCCGCAAAGCGGCGGCGGCAGUCUCCGGGCCCGGCAGCCAUUUCAUCUCGUCCAGGACCCGUUUGUCUAGGACCAGCGCUCGGGCAGCGGCGGCAGCAGCAGCAGCAGCGGCGGCCGCCGGUCAGGAUGAAGAGUCGGCCCGGAGAGAUGAUGGUAGUGAUGGUAGCUUGAGUGAUAGCCACAUAUCUCCUCCAGCCAAACGUACCUUGAAACAUGCAGAUUCUGUAUGCAAAGACAAAUCAAAAUCUCGCAGUACUGGGCAGCGAGAGGAAUGGAGCAUCUCAACUGGACAGUCCCGGUUAACUUCUCAAUCUGGUGCUACAUUACCAAAUGGACGUAGUUUAUCUCUCAAAAGCAAUUCUCUUCGUGGGGAGAAAAAGGUUGAUGGGGACCAUGCUUGUAUAAAUGGAGGUAGAGAAAUCAGAAAAAGUUGCCGAUCCAGAAAAAACAGAUUUGAAAGUUUGAAUCAGAGUUUACUAUUUGAUCAACUGGUAAACAGCACUGCUGAAGCUGUUCUUCAGGAAAUGGACAAUAUUAACAUCAGACGGAAUAGGCGAUCAGGUGAAGUGGAACGGUUGCGCAUGUGGACAGAUACAGAAUUUGAAAACAUGGAUAUGUAUUCACGUGUCAAGAGGAGGAGGAAAUCACUGAGGAGAAAUAGCUAUGGAAUCCAGAACCACCAUGAAGUUUCCACAGAAGGGGAAGAAGAAGGUAAUGACAGAGAAUCUCAAGAAGAAGAUGCAGAUAUUGAAGUAGAGGAGGCAGAGGGAGAAGAAAAUGAUCGUCCAUAUAAUCUGAGACAAAGAAAAACAGUGGACAGAUACCAAGCGCCUCCUAUAGUGCCCGCACACCAGAAGAAAAGGGAAAAUGCGUUGUUUGACAUACAUAGAUCUCCUGCAAGAAGAAGCCAUAUCAGGAGAAAGAAGCAUGCUAUUCAUAGCAGUGAUACAACCUCUUCAGAUGAAGAACGCUUUGAAAGAAGAAAAUCUAAGAGCAUGGCAAGAGCAAGGAACAGAUGUCUGCCUAUGAACUUCAGAGCAGAAGACUUGGCCUGUGGAAUCCUGCGUGAACGAGUGAAAGUUGGUGCAAGUUUGGCUGAUGUAGAUCCUAUGAUUCUUGACAAAUCGGUGCGUUUUGAUAGCAUAGGUGGACUGAGCAAUCAUAUUCAUGCACUUAAGGAAAUGGUUAUAUUUCCUCUUCUUUAUCCUGAAAUAUUUGAAAAAUUCAAAAUUCAGCCACCAAGGGGCUGUUUGUUUUAUGGUCCUCCUGGAACAGGUAAAACCUUGGUAGCUAGAGCUCUGGCCAAUGAAUGCACACAAGGGGAGAGAAAAGUUGCUUUUUUCAUGAGGAAAGGAGCAGACUGUCUCAGCAAAUGGGUUGGUGAAUCUGAACGGCAACUUCGACUCCUCUUUGAUCAAGCAUACCUGAUGAGGCCAUCCAUAAUCUUUUUUGAUGAAAUCGAUGGAUUGGCCCCAGUCCGUUCUAGCAGGCAGGACCAGAUUCACAGCUCUAUAGUGUCUACUCUACUUGCUCUCAUGGAUGGAUUAGACAACAGAGGAGAAAUCGUUGUCAUUGGUGCUACAAACAGACUUGAUUCUAUAGAUCCAGCACUCAGGAGACCUGGUCGUUUUGACAGGGAAUUUCUUUUUAGCCUGCCUGAUCAAAAGGCAAGAAAGCACAUAUUCCAAAUACAUACCAGGGACUGGAAUCCAAAAUUGUCAGAUCAUUUUUUAGGAGAAUUAGCAGAAAAAUGUGUCGGGUAUUGUGGAGCCGACAUAAAAGCACUUUGCACUGAGGCUGCCUUGAUUGCCCUGCGACGGCGCUAUCCUCAGAUCUACGUCAGUAGCCAGAAACUGCAGCUAGAUGUUUCUUCAAUAGUUCUCAGCGCACAAGAUUUUUACCAUGCAAUGCAGAAUAUUGUGCCUGCCUCUCAACGUGCUGUAAUGUCGUCAGGGCAUGCACUAUCUCCCAUUAUAAGGCCACUUUUGGAAAGAACCUUCAACGACAUUCUGGCAAUUUUACAUAAAGUGUUUCCUCAUGCCGAGUUCAGCCAGGCUGACAAAAGAGAAGAUGCAACUAGUCUAAUUUUGGACGAUAGUGAAGAUGAGCAUGCUUCAUCAAUAUUUGAGACAAGUUGCCAGUCGGGAUCACCAAAGAAACAUUUAUCAGCUGCUGUACACAAACCUUACCUUCAUUUUACAAUGUCAGCUUACCAUCAGCCCACCUCUUACAGGCCAAGAUUACUGCUUUCUGGAGAGAGGGAUUCAGGUCAGACUACGCACCUUGCUCCAGCACUUUUGCACUCGCUUGAAAAAAUUGCUGUACACAGAUUAGAUCUGCCAGCACUUUAUUCAGUCAGUGCCAAAACACCUGAAGAAUCAUGUGCGCAGAUCUUUCGUGAAGCAAGAAGAACACUACCGAGUAUUGUUUACAUGCCUCAUAUUGGCGAUUGGUGGGAAGCUGUCAGUGAAACUGUGAGAGCUACUUUUCUAACAUUGCUGCAAGACAUACCAUCAUUCUCACCUAUAUUUCUACUCUCUACCUCUGAAACCAUGUAUAGUGAAUUGCCUGAAGAGGUGAAAUGUAUCUUUAAAAUCCAGUAUGAAGAGGUUUUUUAUAUUCAGAGACCUAGUGAAGAAGACAGGCGCAAAUUUUUCCAAGAGCUUGUCCUCAAUCAAGCAUCUAUGGCUCCUCCAAGAAGGAAACAAAUUGCUCUUUCUGAUAUGGAGGUGCUUCCUCUUGCACUACCAUUUUCUACUCGCCAGCUGUCAGAGGCAGAAAAGCAGCGAAUGGAGGACCAGGAAGAAAACACACUGAGAGAACUGCGAUUGUUUCUCAGGGAUGUUACCAAGAGAUUGGCCACAGACAAGCGCUUUAACAUCUUCAGCAAACCGGUGGAUAUUGAAGAGGUUUCAGAUUAUCUUGAAGUUAUCAGAGAGCCGAUGGACCUGUCUACAGUAAUAAGUAAAAUUGAUAAGCACAAUUAUUUAACUGCAAAGGAUUUCCUAAUAGACAUAGAUCUCAUAUGCAGUAAUGCAUUGGAAUAUAACCCUGACAAAGAUCCUGGGGAUAAAAUCAUUAGGCACCGAGCCUGUACUCUGAAGGACACUGCACAUGCUAUCAUUGCUGCUGAGCUUGAUCCAGAGUUCAAUAAAAUGUGUGAAGAAGUAAAGGAAGCAAGAAAAAAGAGAGGCUUAUCAGUAACGGCAGACCAAAUAAAUCCUCAUGGUUCCACUGUACAGAAAACAGAAACGAGAAUUGAGGAGGCAUUCCAGAACAGGCAAAAGAAUGCAAUGUCAGUUUGGCACAACUCUGCAAAUAAAUGUGCAUUUCGAUUAAGGAGGAAAUCAAGACGACGUUCACAGUGGGGCAAAGGCAUUAUUAAGAAGAGAAAAGUGAAUAAUUUGAAGAAAGACGAAGAUGAUGCCAAGUUUGCAGAUGAUGAAAACCAAGGGGAGGACAGCAAGAUGCUGGAGAAUGGGGAACUUGAGGGAAGUACAGACUGCAUUGAAGAGAACGGAGAGGAAAUGGGCGAUCUCUCUUUGACAAAUGAUGAGUCGUCUUGUGAUAUCAUGGAUAUACAUGGAGAACAGACACUUAACAAUGGGCCAGUCGGGAAAGAAAAUAGUAUUCCAUCCACAGAAGAGAGCUCGAACGAGUCCCUGUUAGUAAGUAAGAAGAUUACUCUGACUGUAGAAAAGGAAUCCAAGGAGGAGCCCUUGUUCAAGGGGGACCAUUUAAACGGCCAGGCCUCUGAAGUAGCUGCUGUCUCAGGAUGUCAGUAUGGCGAAUGUGAAUCACCGAAUGCUAUUUUGUCUCCUGCCACCCCUGACAUGUCCAUUCCCAAACAAAAUGCAACCAUCGAUCCCCAAAAGGAAAAACCCGAAGCUUUGAGCGACAGUCCCGACGAGGAACAAUUAAAACAGUCUGGCACCGAGGUACCACAAUGCAGCAAUAAUGAGAAGAAAUCGCAAGGCAUAGAUACUGAAACUAAAGAAGCUGAAUCAUCUGAUAAAGAAGGUACAUUGAAAAAUAAAAAACCUCGCAAAGUUGCUUUGGCGCAGGUUCCAGAGGAGGAGCAAUUGGAUCCCGUACCUCCUGUCAUUGUUGACCACGACAGAUUAAUGAAUUUACUUGAUGUGUUGGUUAAAAAAAGCGAUAACCUGACUGUUGACCAGCUUGAGAGACUAUACUCCCUCCUUAAUCAGUGCAUCUAUCGGCAUCGUAAAGAUUAUGACAAGUCACAGCUUGUAGAGGAGAUGGAAAGAACGGUUCAUAUGUUCGAAACAUUCCUGUGAACUCUUCAAGAUGUGCAGGUUUAUCUUUUCAUAAGCUGCUUACAGGAGAGCAGCCUACUGAGCCAUUCAAUUUCCAGUUGCACCAAGUAUGUGCAGAGCCUUGGUCUUAACACGCUCGCUCCUUGUCUCGCUUUCUGUUAUGAAUUUGGUGCUAUUGUCUCAGGUACCUGAAACCAGCCAGCCUACAAGAACCAAACGGAACUUCAUAAUAUUUGUAUCUUGAUUAUAAAUAAAGAAUAUAAUGCCACAA